GUGCCGAACAGGUUGUGUGAGUUUUUAGCUCCGCGUGACUUUAAGCAGAGAAUAAUAAAAAAAAACUUGUUCUUAUAGGAAAUGCAUUAAAUUCCAAUCAGACACUGCAAAAAUUAUUUUAAAAUUCAGAAGAAUUUGGACAUAAAAAAUUUUAAGUUGAAAAUUUCCCUUUUAAUUCAAGUGUAGAGUCGAUAAAAAAUAACAUUCAACACUUCCCGUGUAUUGGUGAUUGAUUUUACAGUGAAAAAAAAAUAAUAAUAAUAACAAGCUGAUGAUCCACAAGUGGUAUUGAGAAAGAAAAUAAUAAUAAUAUUUGGUCUGAGUGUUAAGUUUGAUUUUAAAAAUAAAAGAAAAAUUUAUAUCAGAAGAAUCUUGAGUGUGACAUGCAGCAUAUUAUUCUAACAAUAAAUUCAAAUUAGCAUCGAUUGGAUUAUACAACAUAGACAUAUAUAAAUCGAGAAUUGAGGAUCGAAAGAAUAGGUCCUCGAACUGAUUACCAUUGAUUUGUCAACUACAAUCACUAAACUGAUGACUCAUGCUGCAAUUUUAAAAUGAGUUGACGAUGUAAAUCUCCAACAAAAAGAAGCAUUGCAAAAUUUAUCUCGAAAACAAAAUUUCAAAAUAAAUCAAUUAAAAGUCUUUAAUAAAAAUUUAAUUAUGGCAACAUUUCACAUUUUGAUACUUCUUCUCGCAACAUUUGCGGACCAUCCUCGAUUUCAUGUUGAAGGUCACCCACUGACCAACAAAGAGACAGAAAUUGCAACAACUACAGAAAUUUAUGAUGAAUUGACGACAAUUACUAGCGAUGAGAAGAUCAACUCGACUACAGACAUUACAUUAGGCUUAAGCAGUUUUAUGCCACAAAUUAUUAAUCACUCACUUUAUGACGAGCUAAAAGCAGAAGAAACAACAAUAGAUCCACUAUUUAAAUCACCAUUUGAUACAUCAUCGGAGUUCUCAUCACGAUUUGAUAUGAUUGGCGAUGACCAAAAUGAUAUCGAUGAAAGUACAUCGACUGAAGUGAGCAUGGAACGAAUGUUUAAAGAGAAUGAAAAUGAAUUUAGAGACAAUUCAACCAAAGAGGAACGUCAUCGGAUUGAUGAGAUCAAAAUUGAUGAAAAGAUGAUUUUGUAUAGUUCAAGAAAUCAAAGUUCACCAGCCAAUCAUAAAAUGGAUGAGAAUGAAACAACAGAAACUGAAAGUGAGGAAAUGGAAACAACAACCGUUACACAACUUCCAUUGUCAUCUUCAACGACGAUGCCUUUGAUGAAUAAAAAAGGAAAGUAUCUUGAUCUGAUGCCACCGGGUGAGGAUAAUAUGAAUACAUCACUUCCAAAUUCACCCGAAGUUUGGGCAUUAGCAUCCAUGCGUGACGUAGAAGGAACAAGAAAACAAUUCAAUGAUGAUGAUGAAAAUUUAAAUAAUAGCGAUGUUGAGUUAUUGAAUGUAAAUAUGAUGAAUAAUACAGUCAAAAAUCUACUCGACUUUAGUGAGAUCGCCAAGUUCGAUAAUCAUACGUCUGUUGAGAAUUUGAAUAAAUCAUCAACUGUAAACGACAUCACGAGCUAUGAUGAUGCCGCUGUAGCUGAGAAUAAAGAAGUUUCCGUUUCGACGGCAUCAAUAGCAACAUCGACAGUGAGGAGCACAAUUGAUGAUAAUCGGAUAGAAUUGGAGCAUGAACACGUAGAAUUUAUUGCAAAUAAAUCUGAACCUGUUAUUUCUAAAAUCGAUACAGAAUUAUUUGAGCCAACGAGUGAUUUAAAUAACACAACAAAUAGUCAUGAUGAUUUUGAUGUUGAGCUCAUAACACCAUUAAGUAAUAGCAAUGAUAACGGAAAGAAUAAAAAACCAGAGAAACUAAAGCUUGCGGAAUCAGAUAUAAAUGAAACCACAACAGAAUCAAGCGAGAAAUUAACAACACCCGCAACAUUAUUUGAUGAGGAAGCUACAACAAUUGAAAGUGUCGGUAAUACUGAUGCAACAACAACGGUCAGUAGUAUUGAUGUGCUGAUCGGCGAAGAUCGUGACGAUGAAAAUGAUGAUGAUGAAGAAGGUGCCGGUGAUGUCUUUAAGCGAACAAUAACUGAAAUGCCGGACAUGAAAACGGAAGAAUUCACAACAGUUACAACUCAAAUGCCGACAACAACGACUGAGAGAUAUUCAACAACACUUUAUAGUGAGAUUCCUACAACUACAACAACUGAACUACCAAAGACAACAACAUUUGAAACUACAGCAGCAACCACUACAGAAAUACCCACCACAAAAUCAACUUUGGUUACUAAAUCAAUAUCAAUUAGAGUAGCUACAACCACAGAAGAACCAGAGACGGAUAUUCUUACAACUUUAAGUGACAGCAGUGAGAUAUUCUCGUCAUCAAGCAACUAUCCAACUUCAAGUGAAUAUUAUGAUGUAUCAGCAAGCAGCAGUAGCCCUCCAAUUGAAAUUGCUGAUGAUGAUAAAUUCAAGUACAAUACUUUGUUGCCCGAGACAACGACAAGUGCAACUACAAUCACACAAGACACUUCGAGAUCUGGCAAGAGUGGUGGAGCUGAAGAAGUAGGACUUCCAAAGGAUGGAGAUUUAAAUAAACAGAGUUUGGAUGGAGAAUCGUCAGGCAGUAAUAUUGCAAUUAUUUCAAUAUCGAUCAGCGUUGUUGUAUUUGUAAUUCUUGCGGCUGGAGGAUUUAUCUUCUUCAAGAAACGAAAGAAGCAAUUGACUUAUGGACAAAGAUGUCGUCCAGUUGGACUAGAUGCAUACAGCUUGGAUAAUGUUUCAGUUUAUAACAGCGUCAGAAGAAAGGCUAAUGCACUUAGAUUGUCGAAGAGAUCUUAUGGAAAUUCUGCAUUUGAAGAUCCAAGCCUUCAAAGUAACGUUCUCGACUAUCAAUCACUCCAAGAUUUCACGAAAAAUAAAAUAUCGAUUUAUGAAGAGUUUAAGGAAAUUCCCCAAGUAUCUGUUCGUGUUGAUGAGGUGCCUGAAAAUUGUGAGGACAAGAACCGCUAUGCGAAUGUUGUUCCAUUGCCUGAAACUCGUGUUCAUUUGCAGAGAUUGAAUGAUGAUGAAAAGACGGAAUACAUUAAUGCCAAUUACGUCAAAGGUCCGAAAGAUACUUCCAAUUAUUAUAUAGCAACACAAGCACCGCUCGAGAACACCGUUGGAGAUUUUUGGCGCAUGAUAUGGGAGCAAAAUUCAAAAGUCAUUGUUAUGGUUACUGAUCUUACGGAAAAUGGAGUUGAGAGAUGUGCUGAAUAUAUUCCAGCAUCAAUCGUACUGGACAAUACAAUUACAUUCGGUGAUUUCCAAGUAACAUUAAAAAGUCGCGAGGUUAAAGGAAAGUAUGCAGUCUCACAGCUUCAUGUGAAGAAUUUAAAGACAAAUACAUGGAGAGAGAUAAUGCAUUUAUGGUAUUCAUGGCCAGAGACUGGCUGUCCAACAGAUGAGUCAAGUGUUAUAUCAAUGUUAUUAGAAGCACGUGGUCAUUUGAGAACCUCAUUACCAGAGCAAUUAGAUGAGAAUAGUAAUGCGGAAAAUAAUAAUAAUGUAAAUGAUAAGGAGAAAUUAUCAACUUUAGAUAAGACUAAGUCAUUACAGAGAGUGCAAGGGCCACUUACUGUUCAUUGCUCACCAGGUACAGGCCGUACCGGCACAAUCAUUGCAUGUGAUAUAGUUCUACGUAUGCUUGAAAUCCCACCAAGACAAAUUGAUAUUCCACAAAUUGUCUAUCACGUCAGACGUGGUCGUGCAAAUGCUGUGAGAACAAAAGAUCAAUAUGAAUUUAUCUAUAGCAUCGCUAAUGCUUACGCAAUAAAGCUAAACACAGCUCCGACGGAAUCAUGAGAAAGGUUAAUUUAAAUUGAAAUAAUUUUAUAUUUAAUGGAAAUUUAUGAAGGAAUCAAGUAUAUAUUUAGAUAGGAAUUAAAAAAUGUGAGAAAAAAGUUCUUUUUAUAAGACUUAACUGAUAAAAUAUU